UUUUCCUUAGAAAGGACGUCAAGACAUUACAUGUUUGUGGUAUUUUACUGACCAUGUGCUUUGCCACUGCGUUGCAAAUGAUCAAGAAUAGAUGCUUUUUUAUUCAUAUAAUUUAUAUAAUUUUAUUAACUGCAUCAAGCCACUGAAACGGCCUGGAUCUGAAUUCGCAGCCUUUGUCUCGACCACAAAGCGCAAGAGAACCAGGUACUGAGGGAGGAGGUGCAGGGGUCUCCAAGCAGGCAGAGGAGGUCAGUGAAACAUGGGGCGAUGCAGCAUGAGGCGUCCCUCUUCCUUGUGAUCGGAGGAAGACAGGCAACCACGAGGACGGACAAGAGAGUAGCUGGAGGAGGAGGAGGAGGAGGAGGAGGGCGGGGGACAACGGCGGCCAAGAGGCGGAAGAAGGAGGCGACUGCGGAGAUCGCGGGAUGGCCAACGGGAGCGAGAGCGGCGACGGCCCCGGCGGGCCGCUGGCGGCGGUGUCGGCGGCGGGGGGCAUGGCCGGCGUGGGCCCGUCCUCAGCCGUCUCCACCUACGUCAAGCUGGUCCUGCUGGGUCUGAUCAUCUGCAUCAGCCUGGUUGGCAACCUGGUGGUGUCCCUGCUCGUCCUGCGCGACCGCACGCUACACAAGGCGCCCUACUACUUCCUGCUGGACCUCUGCCUGGCCGACACCAUCCGCUCGGCCGUCUGCUUCCCCUUCGUCCUGGUCUCCAUCAAGAACGGCUCGGCCUGGACCUACAGUGUGCUGAGCUGCAAGGUGGUGGCUUUCAUGGCCGUGCUCUUCUGCUUCCAUGCCGCCUUCAUGCUCUUCUGCAUCAGCGUCACGCGCUACAUGGCCAUCGCCCACCACCGCUUCUACUCCAAGCGCAUGACCUUCUGGACAUGCGUGGCGGUGGUCUGCAUGGUCUGGACGCUGUCCGUCGCCAUGGCGUUCCCGCCGGUCUUCGACGUGGGCACCUACAAGUUCAUCCGGGAGGAGGACCAGUGUAUCUUCGAGCACCGCUACUUCAAGGCCAACGACACGCUGGGCUUCAUGCUGAUGCUGGCCGUGCUGAUCCUGGCCACCCACGUGGUCUACAUGAAGCUCCUGCUCUUCGAGUACAAGCAUCGCAAGAUGAAGCCGGUGCAGAUGGUCCCAGCCAUCAGCCAGAACUGGACCUUCCACGGGCCCGGCGCUACGGGCCAGGCGGCGGCCAACUGGAUCGCGGGAUUCGGCCGGGGCCCCAUGCCCCCGACUCUGCUGGGCAUCCGGCAGAACUUGCACAAUCAGAACCGGCGCCUGCUGGGUAUGGAGGAGUUCAAGGCAGAGAAGCGGCUCGGCAGGAUGUUCUACGUCAUCACCCUGUUUUUCCUGGUGCUCUGGUCGCCCUACAUCGUGGCCUGCUACUGGCGGGUCUUCGUCAAGGCCUGCACCAUCCCGCACCGGUACCUAUCCACCACCGUGUGGAUGAGCUUCGCCCAGGCCGGGGUCAACCCCAUCAUCUGCUUCUUCCUGAACAAGGACCUGAAGAAGGGGCUGCUGGCUCAACUGCCUGCUUGCUGUAGGACUAAACAGCAACUGCCCCGUGAGCCUUACUGCGUGAUGUGAAGGAGGGGGGGAGGGGAUAAGAUAGAGUUGAGGGAUUGGAUUGGAUUUUUUUUUUGUAGGCGGGGCCUGAGCAACAGUUGAAAAUGUUAUAGCCUUUUACUCUCUGAUAAGAUGCUUUAAAAGGGAGGGUCUAGGGAAGCCACACAGUUGUGGAAUGAGGCCUCUCUUUACUGACUCUUUAUUAAACCCUCUGUUGUGAUGGUUCAUUCCUCCAGCUAAGAAAAAGAUGGAGUGAGGUCCUCGGUACUUGUAUCUUUUUCAUGUGCAUCAAGGCCAGUCUGGAUGAGUCAUGCAGAUAUGAGGAUGCGUGUGAGGGUGGUAUCUUCUUUAAACCAUGACCAAAACCAUUGGCUAGUUUUAAGCUAUUAUUGCAUUAGGGGAAUGUACUUUUAAAAAACUGUUUUAUGUGAAGCUAUUGGAAUUGGCUUAAUAUGUUGGUGG